AUGCAAAGGGUAAAGAAAAUUCCCCUUUUGGAAAAACCAAAUGUAAAAGAAAUUGAUAGGAACAUUGAAACCAGCGGAUUGGUACUAUGUCUUACACUCACUGAAAAAGAAACCAUAUCACUUGUUUCUCCAUCCUAUUAUUACCUAUAUGUUCAGAGGUAUAUGUACUUACCUAACAUAAUUCCAAAGUGUUUGGAAUAUUUUAAAUCUUUUAUUUUUCCAUUUUACGGGCACAAAUUCUGGGUAUACUUUGAAUGUAUCCAAAACAAGAAAUGUCCACCAAAGCAUGUUAAUUCGAGCGUAAGAAGAGAAAAUACUAAUGGUACUUAUUCAGAAACACAACACUAUCUGCAUAAUAACAAAUCUAGAGCUAGUCGUCAAUCCGAUAAGGAAUGUCCCAACUUAGCUACUUCCCCAAAGAGCUUCGAACCAGAAGAAGCACAAUAUGACAAAAUUAUACUAGACUGGAGAUUACCUAUAGGAGUACUAUUCGAUAUCUACUGUAAUACAGAGGAUGAGGAAAAUAUGUUAUCUAAUAUUGAAGAAGAACAUGGAACAAAUUGGAAGAAAUGCACAAAUAGUGAACUAUACCCUGACUAUGUUAACAUUUUAGAAAUUCCUUCAAACCAGUUACAUGAUUCAGAUGUUGAAAAAAAACAACAUCAGUUGAAUGACAAAAAUGAGGAGAAGUAUGUAGAGGCAAGUGGAGGAAACGCCACUGCUGAAAUUGGCCCAUUAGGUGGUGAUUUUAUGGAAAAACGUAAAGAAAAACCGAGAGACAUUACACCUGAACAUGCAUGUGAACAGUUAGGGAGCAAACAAAUGGGCAACAAAACCACAAAUGGCACAAAUUAUUACAAACUACGGAUUAACAAAAAAAUCAACAACGAAUGGUAUGAAAAACAAUUUUUAAAGAUAGCAAAUAAUAACAUCCCAUGGAAGCUGAUAAUUCAUUUCAAGGAAGAACAUGAAUAUUAUGCUCAUUUCAAUCGUGGAACGAAAAAUAAUUAUAAUGGAAAUAUCAACCUCCUGCCUUAUAACAGCUGCAUACCUAUAUAUAGAGGAUUUAACGACUUUGAAGAGUACAUGACCGGUCAGCUUAAAAAGGCGAAUUAUGUGUACAAUAAAAGUAAUAGGAUACUUCAAAUGUUACCACAACAUAUUGAAAAUGAAUUUAUUCAUUAUUUGAAAAACUUUAAUGUCGAAAAGAUUUGUAUCCUUUACAGAGAAUAUAUAGAUUACAACAUGGUUAGAUUUGUAGAUUACUUUAAUCGUGAAUUUGCUGAAAAGGUAAAUUCGCUUAUUGGUACAUGUCCUAGUGAUCAAUGUAAAGGGCACAAGAGCAAAGAGGGAAAUAUGCACAAGUUGAAAAGAAAAUCAGUACCUAGUGUGAGGGACGGAGAAUCGCACGAAUCUACACAACUGGAUUCUCGAAGUAAGGACUUUCGAAGUAAGGACUUUGAUCAGAGUGAGAGAACUGCCCCGGAGAGUAUUCAUUUUGAGAAGAAAAAAAAUGAAAGCGAAAAUGAGAGCGAAAAUGAAUGCGAAAAUGAGAGCGAAAAUGAGAGCGAAAAUGAGAGCGAAAAUGAAAGCGAAAAUGAAAGCGAAAAUGAAAGCGAAAAUGAAAACGAAAAUGAAAACGAAAACUUGGUGAACCCCCCAGAGCAGUGUAAUAAUUAUAAGGGAAAAUACAAUAGCAUAUAUGAAAUUAUGAAAAACGAUAAAGUGCUUAAGGAUGUGCCGAUAAUUGUGCAUAUCUAUGGUCCUCCAUAUAACCAAGUGAUGACAAAAUAUCCCUUGUUUAAGAUUGUCCAUGGUGAAAAUGGUGCAAGGGAUAAAAGUGAUAGAAGUGAUAAAAGUGAUAGAAGUGAUAAAAGUGAUAGAAGUGAUAAAAGCCAUAGAAGUGAUAAAAGCGAUAAAAGCGAUAAAAAUGAUAAAAGCGAUAAAAAUGAUAAAAGCGAUAAAAGCGAUAAAAGCGAUAAAAGCGAUAAAAGCGAUAAAAGCGAUAAAAAUGAUAAAAGCGAUAAAAGUGAUAAAAGUGAAAUUGAAAAUUUUUCCAUUCACACAUUAGGAGAUUUUCUACAUGAUCAAUUCCCGUCUAUUUUUAAAAAAAUAAAAAAACGCACAACAGUGGGAAAAAGUCUAACUGUGACCAAUAAACUGGACAACCAAAAGUUAAAUGAACAAGCACAGGGAAAUCACCACAUUGUACAUGACAAAACAGUAACAAUGCCACUUACAACUCAUCUGAACGAAGAAAAUGUAUUUUAUUUUGUUGAAGAUGAUUAUUUAAUUUUCAGCCCCUAUAUGUUCAUAAUAAUUAACGGAAUCCAAAUUCCACUGAAAACUCCACUUUACUGGCUUGUCAAUAACUUUUCCCAAUUUGACAACUUCUUACACGUUAUUCUACGUAUUCCAUCCUACUGA